UAAAUUGAAUUGGCAGUAUUUGUAUGACAUAACCUCUUUAAUAAGUCACAUAAAAACUAAGUGGAAAUUGGUAGGAAAACAAGAUGCUAAGAAAGCUUAGUCCAAUUGUGCCGCGCCUGCUAUGCAAUAAUGUUGUUACUUCCUUAAAUAAAACUCCAACACAGCAUUACAGCGAUGGACGAAGUGUAUAUGAACCGGACUAUUUGGAGUCUUUGAAGCCCAAGUUUCCACAAUAUUCCUGUCUCAACGUGCAAAUGAAAGGUUAUGAUUUCCCAAUACUUGAGAGCUACCAGCGUUACUUGCAUAGUGUUGCGGAAUACCUUGAUAUCGAUGUUUCCGAUUGUUACGCUUUGCCACCACAAACCACACAAGUACAAAGAUUGCGUCCUAACUCCGCCGUUGUAGAUGCCGAAUACAGGCUGACAAUGUAUGAACGCAAUCUGCAAAUAAACGAUGUAAACGCACCUGUGUAUCCUGUAUUUUUACGCAUAGCGCAAGCCGCUUUGCCCGAAGGUGUGCAGUUGAGUGUACAAGAACACUCUGAUGAGUUUGAGGAGCGCCGCUAUGUACCCGAUCGUGAUUUGUUAGACUUAAAGGCCGAAUUGGAACGAAUGCAAGCAGGCGGACCGGGUGGACCCAAAAAGAAAUAAUGUGUGUAUUUUGUUCUAAUUGUACACGGAGGGUACAACGUACAUGCAUAUAUUUGUAGCAAGCACUUAAUUUAUACAAACUAAAGUGAAUAAAAAUACUAAAUUAACUGCUUAAUGUCUAAA